GUAGUAGUCUUCAAAGCCAAGAUCCGCUUAUCGGGAAUUGGCGGAGGAGAGCUGCAGGUAGGAGAAGAAUUGGAUCAGAUGGCUUCUCAUGUAGGGCCGGAUGCGGUGGCCGUGUCCGACGAAGAUGACAAGUACACCAAAAAGGCAGAUGCGAAGGAUGACAUAUUCAACGAAUCCGUAGAGGAAAUAUUCUCGAGCAAGGAGGUGCCCUCAUGGCAGAAGCAGCUGACUUUGCGGGCCUUUGUGGUGAGCUUUGUGCUUGGGGUUCUGUUCACCUUCAUUGUCAUGAAGCUCAACCUGACCACCGGAAUUAUCCCGUCCCUCAACGUCUCGGCCGGGCUUCUGGGCUUCUUCUUCGUCAAGACAUGGACUAAGUUCCUGGAGAAGUCGGGUAUGCUCCGGCAGCCAUUUACGCGACAAGAGAACACUGUUAUUCAAACCUGCGUCGUUGCCUCCUCCGGCAUUGCUUUCAGCGGUGGCUUUGGUAGUUACCUCUUUGGAAUGAGUGAUGUUAUUGCCAAACAAUCAACAGAAGCGAACACUGCACAAAAUACCAAGAACCCAACACUAGGAUGGAUGAUUGGGUUUCUUUUUGUUGUUAGCUUUCUUGGCCUCUUUUCUGUGGUGCCUCUUCGGAAGAUUAUGAUCAUAGACUUCAAAUUGAUAUAUCCAAGUGGUACUGCAACUGCCCACCUUAUCAACAGCUUUCACACUCCUCAGGGUGCCAAGCUAGCAAAGAAACAAGUGAAAGCAUUGGGGAAGUUCUUCUCGUUUAGCUUUCUUUGGGGCUUCUUCCAAUGGUUCUUCACUGCUGGUGAUGACUGCGGAUUUGUAAACUUCCCUACAUUUGGUCUAGAAGCCUUUGAAAAUAUGUUUUACUUCGAUUUCUCAGCUACUUAUGUUGGUGUUGGAAUGAUCUGUCCACAUUUGAUUAACAUAUCUCUGCUUGUUGGAGCAAUUCUUUCAUGGGGUGUCAUGUGGCCUCUCAUAGAUGCCAAAAAGGGCUCUUGGUUCUCUGCAGACCUCAAGUCAAGUAGCUUACAUGGCCUGCAAGGUUAUAAGGUAUUCAUUGCUAUAGCCAUGAUACUUGGCGACGGCCUCUACAACUUCUUUAAAGUCCUUGGCUGCACUCUAUUUGGUUUGUACAACCAAUUAUGCAACAAAGACUCCGGCACAGUUCUCCCUCUAUCCGGCCGCGCCUCCCUCGAUAUCGCUCCAUCGGUGUCUUACGAUGACCAACGCCGGACCGAACUAUUUCUCAAGGACCAGAUUCCGACAUGGUAUGCUGCUGCUGGUUAUGUCAUUAUCGCAAUUAUAUCUGCUGCCACACUUCCCCACAUAUUUUUCCAGCUCAAGUGGUACUAUAUUGUGGUAAUUUACGUAAUAGCGCCAACACUAGCCUUUUGCAAUGCUUAUGGCUGCGGCUUGACAGACUGGUCCUUGGCAUCAACAUAUGGAAAGCUAGCCAUCUUCACGAUUGGUGCAUGGGCUGGGGCCUCCAAUGGCGGAGUUCUCGCAGGUUUAGCGGCAUGUGGUGUGAUGAUGAACAUUGUAUCCACAGCCUCUGACUUGAUGCAGGACUUCAAAACAGGAUACAUGACUUUGGCUUCACCAAGAUCCAUGUUUGUGAGCCAAAUUAUUGGAACAGCAAUGGGUUGCGUUAUUUCUCCUUGUGUCUUUUGGCUCUUCUUCAAUGCCUUCAAGGAUCUUGGCGUUCCUGGCUCAGAAUACCCCGCCCCUUACGCGCUCGUUUACCGUAAUAUGUCGAUAUUGGGGGUUGAGGGGUUCUCUGCUUUGCCAAAGCACUGCCUCACCCUUUGCUAUGUGUUUUUCCUUGCAGCAAUAGUCAUCAACGGUAUCAGAGAUGUUGUGGGGAAGAAGUGGAGUAGGUUUAUUCCACUUCCCAUGGCAAUGGCAAUACCCUUUUAUCUUGGAGCUUACUUUGCCAUUGAUAUGUGUGUGGGGAGCUUGAUUUUAUUUGUGUGGCAGAAGGUAAACAAGGCUAAGGCUGAUGCGUUUGGACCGGCUGUGGCGUCUGGUUUGAUUUGUGGUGAUGGGAUUUGGACUCUGCCCAGCUCAAUACUCGCUUUGGCAGGUGUUAGUCCGCCCAUCUGCAUGAAAUUUCUGUCCAGCGCAUCAAAUAAAAAGGUGACUGCUUUCUUGGAAGGUUCUUGAAGUGAAGUCUCUUAAUAUUUACAAUUGAGCACUUCUUCACUUCACCCCCGCGGGUGGCCACCAGUGUGGAUGCUUUCAUGUGUUCCUCUGUUUUUCGCUUCUUCUACUUGUUUCCAUUUCCCUAUGUUCGCUUGUGUAUAGAUUUCCAUGUCUUUUAUGCAAUAUAUCA